AUGGAACGCGAAGGACUACUGAAGAAGAAUGAUGCGAAGGAGAGCAAUCUCAGCCGACACAAACUGACCAUCGACUCAUCUAGAUCGCUCUUGACUAAGAUCAAGUCAUCAUUACCAACCAGCAACACCGACCGGCACACUCCAGCCCACAAAUCUCCUAAUACUCAUACUAUCAGCUCGAUCAAACCAUCGGCCCGACUCUCGAACAGAAAGCUCAAAAAAAGGAUACGAGCAGAAAUCGUCCAAAGACCCAUCCCAGUCAUCGAAACAGUCUUCGUCCCUCAUGAAGCUCAACCAACCAACACCAGCCACCAAGCCAAAGUCAACCCAUCCCAGUCACGAACGCUCGACCAUCUAGCCCCUACCACCCAUCAGGAAUUCUUAUCGAUCGUCAAUAGCCUUAAGCGCUCGAUCAGCAAUCCAGAAAAACCUCUUCUUCCAAAAUUGAACCACUCUGGUAGCUCGGGGAGCUACUUCUGCCGAGAUUAUACCAAUCAAUCCUCCUCUGGUUACCCCAAACAAACCCCUCCAGACAACAGUUCCGAGAAGACAGAGAUCGUGGGAAUAUUCAAACCAAAGGAUGAAGAACCUUAUGGAGCGAUGAACCCCAAAUGGACCAAGUGGGCCCACCGCGUCUUCUUGGCCCCACUCAUCGGCGGCUUUGGUCGAGGUUGUUUAAUACCAAAUCUUUCGUAUCUGAGCGAGGCAGCAGCAUCAUUGUUAGAUAGAAGAUUGAAGACUUUCGUAGUACCGAGAACUGAAGUCAUCUCAAUCAGUUCACCUACAUUUUUUUACUCAUGGUUGGACCUACGUAAACCAGAACUACCUGCAAAACCAGGGAGCUUCCAGUUGUUCUGUCAGGGCUUUCAAGAUGCCUCAAUCUUUUUGAAAAAUCAUCCUUGGCCAGGGCUUCCCGUCACUCAGGAUCAGUCCGACAACAUCAGAAAAAAGCCUAGGAGAUUCAGUUUCUUCCGGAUGCUCUGUGGCCAUAGAAGAAAUCGAGAUAUAGAUUCAGACGAUGAAGACUCGGAAUCCGUUGAGGAUUGUCCUGAUACUCCUCCCAGGGUGGGCUCCCCUAUAGGUAACUGUCGAGAUCAACAUAAAGACUGGGUUUGGACGCUCGAAUUAAUGGAAGACUUUCGGAUCGAAAUGGAAAAACUAGUUAUCCUGGAUUAUCUGAUGCGAAACACCGACAGAGGUCUAGAUAAUUUCAUGAUUAAAGUGUGUAAUGCGCCAAGUUGCACAAAUCGUCGACAUAGGAAAACAUCUAACACGUCGCCCUCGACCAGCACGAUACCGCAAGAUGCUGAUACGAACCAAGAGCAAACAAGUGAUGACUAUCGACACCGUCCUCAUUGUCAUGUUGCGGCGAUCGACAACUCUCUGGCCUUUCCUCACCAUCACCCCAAUGGUUGGCGGGAAUACGCAUAUGGAUGGCUAUUUUUACCAGCCUCUUUAAUAGGGCAGCCAUUCUCACGUACUACGCGGGAUUACUUCCUUCCACUACUAACGUCUCAACAGUGGUGGGCAGAAACUGUACAUGAGUUGCGGAAAUUGUUUGCAAUUGAUCCCGAUUUCAACAUACGGAUGUUUGAAAGGCAGAUGGCUGUGAUGAAAGGACAGGCUUGGAACAUUGUUGAAUGUCUCAAGCAUGAGGAGGAGGGGCCAUUAGAAUUAUGUCGAAGGCAAAAAGCACUUGUGUGGGAUGAACCUGUACAGGUGCUCUGGGAUGAGUUGGAACAAAUCGAUUACGACAAUCUAGGAGAGAUCGAGCAACCCGAAGGAUCCGGAGAGCUCCAAUCUACCAGCGCACCUGCCCUCCAGUCAUACUUCCCAGCACCCCCCAUGAAAAUCGUCUCACCCAGUAAGCGACCGGCCAUCCGGCGUGGAUGGUCGUCACACACGUCGGCGAGUCAUAAGAUUCCUCCCCGGCCAGUCGGGUCGGCUUCUCAGCAUCUGGCACUCGACGGCGCAAGAGGAUUGGAUGUCAUGAAACAAAUGGACGCCUUGGAAGCCUGGCAUACCGAAUCUGAAACUGAGGUCCUCCGUUUCCGAAGUCAUCAACCUUCUCAUCGUCGCUCGAAGCUCAAAGCACACUCUUUUCAUCAGCCCAGAAACCAACGCUCUUAUCGCCAAGACCCCCAGGAGCCGGAACUGGAGGGUCGGGAACUCAGUGGAGAUGAAGAGACAAGCGCACCAGAUGGUUUGCUAGUCUCACAGAAGUCCAAGAGCAUCAACAACACCAUGGCUAUCAAUGAGUCUCGCCCUCCCUUUCAGGCUCAUCGUGCAAAGAUCCCAAGCCAAAUCGAGCGCAGCAAACUGGGCCUGAUCUCCAUCCGAACCAAUCCACGUGCAACCCGAUUGGGCGCGGAUAUGAACAAUAAAGCAAAAGCUGGGCCGAGCGUUUCGGUCGAAGAAGAAGUGUUCAGCGAUCCCGAGCCCGACGGCGACGAGGAGGACGAGGAUCCCGAGGACACCGACGCUGAUGAUGAUGCCGACGACGACCGGCUUGUCACCAUCGGCAUCGUCGAGAAACUUGAAUUCGUGAUCGCCCAACCGUUCUUCAAGAAUUGUUGA